AUCUGGGUUUAGCAAUCGAAAGUAGCAACAGCAACAACAACAAAUUGGUGAUUUUCAAAAUGGAGGGAGACGAGUCCUAUCUUGAACUCAGCGAGUUUGUGAAUAUUGAAUACAGCGUUGGUCUCAUUAAAGCUCAGGCUCUGGUCCGUGGUUGGCUUGUGAGGAAGCAUCUACUAGAAAUUCAGCAACUGUAUGAGGCUAUAGUGAAUGACAUCGAUGGUGAUAGCGCAAUGGUCUCUUGGUCAAGUGGCCAGUUGGGUUAUCCAGUGAUCAGAAAAUGUAAAGCAAACGUUCAGAAACCAAACACAGCGUCAGAGAGGAUGGUGCAGAACCAACGACUUCAGAGGGAGAAAAGAUGGCCACACAGCAGCAAAAAGUCUCUCGAGGAUCACCGUUUUAUUCCAACGAAAGAGACCAGUGAGACGCCAGGAGCAGCAACGAUUCAGACGCGCCAGACAGACUCAAACAACGAGAUACUCUCAACCUCAGAGUUUAGUCCUUGUUUAGAAACACAGUUUGGUACUGCUUCGACUCAAACAAAUGAAAGAGAGACAACUGCCGAGUUUGCUUUGAGUCCUGAGAGUCGUAUUGUUUCAGACAGAAUUGUGAUGCCUAGUCGUUUAUCUUGUGUCAAAUCAGACUCACACAUGGUGGGGACCAGUUCGAGAAUGACAUCUAUUGCCAUACAGACUGAUGAUGUCUCUUUUCCAGGACGACACAAUUCCGAUAUAGUCUCCUCAAAAUGUCAGAACCCGACUCAUCACUACGCACAGUCUGAGGAUGCUGUCAAACUGGCAGAUGACGACUCUAUUUUUACUCACCAGCAAAAUCGUUCUCCAUCACUCAUAACAAACACUCAUGAUGCCGUCGAAAUUUCAAUUGGCACCGGUCACACUGAAGAGCCACAGAGAGUGACUCCAGAGGUGUCUGAACAAAGGGAAGAUGAGAACAAGGAUGAAUAUGAUCUCAACAAAGUUGUGUCACAAACUGAAUAUUCAUCGCCAAAAGAAGACAAGACUGUGCCUGGUUCACCUGUGUCUGCUGGAGAAACAUCCCAUAAUUUACCCGAGGACACAGCGGAGCUGGAGCAGCUCCAGAAGACGACGGCCAUGGAGCUACUGUGGGUGCAACAAGCCAUCAUCAGCCGCAAACAUUACCUGAAACUGAGACAGCAGAUUCAGUGAGCAAGACCUGAUGUGCCUGCAGAUUGUGUUAAGAUAUUUAAUGUGAUAUAUGUAUUGGGUAUCUAUACGGUACCGACUGCUCAGUUUAAGAUUCCGUUAUGCUUCACUUUUCAAAAUGGCGCAGUGAGGAAUCUUGCACUAAACAGUCGAUAUGUGAGGCAUUGUGAUGAAAUUAGACGCUCGUAAUAAUAAAUAAUAAAUUUUUUCUAUGUUCAUCAACU